GCUAAGAUCAUGUCCCGUCGUUUCUCCGUUAAAAUGACGUGCUGAUCGCGAUAACUGAGACAUGGCGCAAUCUAUUCUCGACGCUCUGACAGAUGUUUCAUUAGAUGGCUCGUCUGUGCAAUCCUUGCUGGAGUCACAGAACUUGAUAGCUGAAGUGGAACAAUCAGCAAUUGAUCAAGAUGAAGAAGAUAUAUUCCAAUGCGGCAAAUGCAAGAGUCAAUUCACGUCGCUUCAGAUGUUUGUGCUGCACAAAAGGACGCAUCAGAAGGCACAGCAGCAGACCGUGGACCUGACUCAGUUCCUGACAAAUGACGAGAGUCAGGUGAUGCAUGUAGAGGAUGCCACUCAGGAUGAAACACAGUACAAUUCGCAGGAAACCUUUCAGCUUGGGGAACCCAUCAUUCUGGAAGAAGCAGAUAUGCUAUUCAGCGUGGACCAAGAGGCCGCUAAUUACUUCACAACAGACUCCACAUUUAGCGUGCCGAUUAUUCUGAGUACGGAGAAUCUAGACACUUUUGGCAGCGCCGCCAUCGAAGCGACGAGAGAAGACUCGAGCGAGGUGCCAGCGAUACAGUUACAAAACGACAUCAGUUCGCAGGAGGAUAUUUCGAGUCAAUCCGAGCAUCCUAGCGUCUCGUUGACGGACAACGAACCGUCCGUGGCGGACAAUAAGCCACCCUUGGAGGACAACGAACCUUCCCCCGAGGACAAUGAGAUAUCCCUCCAGGAUAAUCCGCCCGACGAAUUGGAAAGCGGUGUAAGACAGAUGCAGAACUUGAAGUACAAGUGCGGCUACUGUAACAAGCAAUUUGCGAAGAAGUUCUACUGGCAGCAGCACGAACGCUCUCACACUGGUGAGAAACCUUACCAGUGUGUGGUGUGUGGUCGUGCGUUCGCACAGAAGUCAAACGUCAAAAAGCACAUGUCCUCGCACAAAGUGUGGCCCGGCACCGCCAUUCAUUCGUUACCGCCGGAGGCGCCUCCGGACGGAAGUAUCGACCGCACGUACCACUGCCAAUUCUGCAAAGAAACGUUCGAUUCAUACAAAGCGCUGAAGGGCCACCUGAUUGUCUCGCACCUAGGGUUAAAGGUGUACAAAUGCGUGCAAAGCAGCUGUAGCAUGAUGUUUUCGGAAUUGGAAGAGUUUCUGGAGCACACACGCAGCCACAAGUGCUCGGAGUACCGGUGUCACGUAUGCGGCGAGGUAUUCAGCACCCUGUCGGACCUCGGCCGUCAUCAGUACGUUCACUCCGUCCAGAAGCAGAAGACAACGGAAAAGUACUACUGCUGCUCGGUCUGCAAGUCAUCGUUCUCGAACUUAGAGGCACUGCAGCAUCAUCAGGAGACCACCACGCACGAUUACGCGUGUCUGCACUGCGGCAAGAGCUUCCUCAUCGAGAGGUUCCUGCGUCGUCAUCUCAAAACCCACUCGGCGUCGGCGAGAUUCGCCUGCGAGGACUGCGGCAAGGCCUUUAAAACAGAGCAAUAUUUGGCCAAUCACAAGCUGAUACACAGCGAAGAGACACCUUUCACCUGUCCGCAUUGCCCAGCCAGAUUCAAGCGGAAAGACCGGCUGGGUCGGCACAUGCUGAUCCACGACUUAACGAAGAGGCUCAAGUGCCCGUUCCGCAGCUAUCUGGGCUGCAUGAGCGAGUUCUCGCGGCCCGACAAGCUCAAGCGGCAUUUACUGACGCACAGCAACGUCAAGCGGUUCAGCUGCAGCCACUGCAAUCGCAACUUCCAUCGAGCGCAGGCCCUCAAGCAUCACGAAAUGAAUAAGCACAGUCUUAAGUGCGAUAUUUGUUCUCAUGCUUUUAAGACUAAAGAGCAGCUGGUCACCCACAAUUGCGAGCAAUCGGGCGAGACUAGGAAGCACACGAGCUCGCAGCUGCCGAAGAAAGCGUCCGGAUCGUUCAAGCCGAGAAAGCCCACCCCAAAAAGACAAACGCUAUCAAAGACUGCAGUCCCGCUUGCUGACAAAGAGAAGUUGGAGAAACUUAAGGCUGAUGAAAUGCAAAAAAAAAUUGGCUCAGAAACAUUCAAGUCUGAUAAUUUCGGCGCGGAAUCUUGCAAGAAAACGGGAAACGUUCCUCUCGUCUCGAGGACAGUCGAACCAGCGGCCAGUGGCGAGUUAAGCGAGCGAUCGGAUUCGCCGGUUUUGGAUUUUGAAGACGAUUUCAAACGCAACAUGGAGUUCUACUCGUCGCACGCGAACGAGUAGAGUUUUGCAAUACAUAUACAUAUAUAUAGUAUAUAUAUACAUACAUACGUAUAUAUAUAUUUUUUAUUCGUAUUUAAAUUGUACAUUAAUUAGGAUGUAGACGAGUCGUAGCAUGUGCAAUGGGAUCAUCGGCGAAGGUGCAAGUUGCAUUUUAUAUUCGCGUACGAUAUUUUGUAGUUUACAUAUCUGUGAUAAUUGUAUUAUAAAUGCUCUAUUGGUAUAAGUAACUUAUACAUAUAUAUAAACAUAUACAUAUAUACGUGCACAUCGAUGAUAUUCGGUGUCGUUGUCUCGAUUUCGAUUCUUCUAUAAGACAAUUCGUCGUAUAGCCGCAAUUAUUAACCGGUAUCCCUCGAACGCUUUUGUUCUUUAAAUUAAAAAUUUUUUUUACGAUAGAUUGUAAGGCGUACGCACGAUAUCACAGCUGCUGCGAAAGUUUCGGCAGCGCGACAUCUUUUUAAUUUAUUUGUUACAAAAUAAUAAAUCUAUAAAUCAUAAAAGUCACAAAUGUGAAAAAUGUAAAGU